AAGGGCCCAAACGCAGAAAACCAUCCGUCCGUAGAGGAGAACAUCGGUCUCCAUCCUCUCGCCCACCUCUUUCUUUGUUGAGUGGCCGCCGGAAAACCUGAAGCACUAGGGACUUCGACAUUUCAGGUUUACAGAAUGGUUAGGUUCUGGAAUCGGGUUCCGUUAAGCAAGUUUCUCCAAAAUGGAUUUAAUCGAACUGAAGUUGGUGGUGUGCAACCUAAGCGGAUCCAUUGCCCUAAAAUUGUGUCUCGAUAUCUGUCAAAUGAGUCACUUUUGUGCACAAUGGGAAAUUAUGAAAACCGCUUUCCUUCUCUUUCUCAUCCUUUACCUGGGAUCAAACUCUCUCCUUGUCUUCCCGACUUUGUCGAACAAAAUCCAACCAUGAUCACGACACUUCCAAACGGCUUAAAAAUUGCUUCAGAGGAUGCCCCGGGUCCUGCUGCUUCCGUAGGGAUAUAUGUGGACUCUGGUUCUGUAUAUGAGACAGGGGACUAUAUUGGUGUAACCCACCUUUUGGAAAGGCUCGCUUUCAAAAGUACGAAAAAUCGAAGCUGUAAGCACAUUGUGCGCGACAUUGAAGCAACUGGCGGUAAUGCAGGAGCUUCUGGGUCACGCGAACAAAUGGCAUAUAUAUACGACACUUUAAAGGCUUACAUUCCUGAGGCAGUUGAAUUACUUGUUGACUGCCUCAGGAACCCACUUUUUCUCGACUUUGAGGUCGAAGAACAGGUGGCGAAUGCGAAAAAAGAAAUUCAUGAAAUUACUGGUAAGGAUCCACAACAGUUUCUUCUGGAAUCACUUCAUGUUACAGGCUACUCUGGUUCGCUGGGAAAUCCAAUGAUGCCUUCUGAGACAGCACUACAAAGGCUUGAUGGAUCUGUUAUAGGGAAAUUUUAUUUUGAAAAUUAUACUGCCGAUCGAAUCGUUUUGGCGGCAUUUGGGGUGGAACAUGAACAUUUGUUGGCCAUUGCAGAACCUCUUUUGUAUGACUUAAAGGGCGGCCUCCCUGUUUCUUUGCCAAAAUCUAGCUAUAAUGGUGGAGAGGCUAGAUUCAGGCAUGAUUUUGAGCGAACUCAUGUGGCGAUCGCAUUCGAGGUUCCAGGUGGCUGGCAUGAUGACAAAAAUGCAACGGCGCUGACUGUUUUGCAGACUUUGAUGGGUGGUGGUGGCUCAUUCUCUGCCGGUGGUCCUGGGAAAGGGAUGCAUUCUCGGUUAUACCUUCGUGUUCUCAACAAGUAUCAACAAGUGCAUUCUUUUUCUGCCUUUAGUAGCAUGUUCAAUGACACCGGUCUUUUUGGAAUUUUUUCAACCACGGGAUCAGAUUUUGUGGCAAAAGCUGUUGAUGUGGCUGUGGCUGAGUUGCAAUCAAUUGCAACCCCUGGCCAAGUUACUCAGGUCGAGCUGGACCGGGCGAAAAAUGCUACCAGAUCAGCCAUUUUGAUGAAUCUGGAGUCUAGAUCUAUUGUUGCUGAGGAUAUUGGAAGGCAAAUAUUGACUUAUGGAUCCAGGAAACCAGUGGAGCAUUUUCUAAGAUGUUUGGAUGAACUUACUUUAGAUGACUUAUCCAAUUUAGCUCAGAAGAUGGUUUCUUCACCCCUUACCAUGGCUUGCCUGGGAGAUGUUGACUGCGUACCAAGUUAUGAAACUGUCAAGCUAAGGUUCCAAACUGCAAUUUGAAGUUUAGCUGAGCUGAUUAAUACACCAAGGGAAAAAAUAUUGAGUCUGUACGUUCGGACAGCCAACAACUACUGAUCGUCAAGUCGACCGCCAAUGAGGUGAAUGACGACGCGACGACCGAUAGUUUGACGUUACGUGCUGUGUCUGGACAGAAUAUUUUUUUCAAUUUAGUUCC